AUGUGGAAAACUUCGAGCCUAAUAGCCACUGUGACCUUGUGUCCAUUGGUGUCAUCUACUUUGGCUGAUUUCGCCCUUCAUAAGGCCCUCAGCGAUGCAACUCCAAUCUUUGGAUCCUAUGUUAAGGAAACUGGCAAAAAGGCCGAAUGGAUGAAAACAUAUCCGGAUGAAACUUUGCUUGUUCACAUGAAUAUCCCCGGUACUCACGAUGCCGCAACUUGGAAUUAUACCCAUGCAACACAAGAUGCUCUGCGAGGUAUCACAGACUUGAACCAGGUCACUGUUCCAGUGCCGGAGUCAUUCCGCUGUCAAAAAUUGCCUUUGAUUGAUAUGCUCAAUAAGGGUAUCCGCGCUUUUGAUCUGCGCUAUGCCCUGGAUCCGACCAACUCCAGUCUCAUCUUCUAUCAUUCCAAAGCCCUGCUCUCAGAGACAGCGACAGUGGAUGAUGUGCUGUUUGGAUUCUAUCAGUGGUUGGAUGACCAUCCAUCAGAGACAAUCUUCCUCUCAUUCCAGCAUGAGAGCUCGACAGCCCGCUAUGCCUUCGAUGAUGCGGCGUCGCAGCUGAAGAUGUUCCAGGCUCUCACUUCUUCAGCCGCGCGUCAUUAUUUCGUUCAAACUAAAGACCAACUGGGCACAUUGGGUGAUGCACGUGGAAAAAUCACCUUGAUGCGCCGGUUCGAUCUGGACAACCUACCCGAUUCCUACACAGCUGCGCUUCCUGGUCUGCACUUCUCACCUAGCCUGUGGACCGACAACGGACCGGAUAUUAACCUGGAGUAUAACACUGAUAAGAAUUUGACAGCAUACAUUGAGGACUACUAUCAGCCACUUACGCCUACGGGAUCAGAUGCGAUUGAAAAUAUCAAGUGGAAGUACAAUGCCACUGUGGCACACAUUGGCAAGGCCACCAGACAACAUUCAGACAGUCUCUUUUGGACCUGGGCAUCCGGUACGAAUCUUGAGAACAGCCCGCCCGACUGGCCUCGCAUUAUUGCUCUUGGAAAUGGGACUCAAUAUACUCCAGAUGGUGGGGUGAACCAGCACCUACUACUGUAUCUGAAAGAGCAAAAAGGCAAACGGGUGGGGAUUGUGAUGUUUGAUUUCUUUGAUCAACCUUCCGACUUGAUUGAUACAUUCUUGGAUAUUUGA